AUGUCGCUGAAAAAUAGCAACACCGUGGCUCUGGAGAGACGCAUGGAUCUGGCUUCGCUCUUCUGCAUGAUCGGACGGCACGGACCCGCCGUGGCUCUGGCUGUAAUAGCGAUGGUAUCAGUGCUAGCGGGUUUCAUCAUCUACCGGACCGUGAAGGGAAAGCGGAGGAAGGCCACAGCCGCUGCCUCCGCCGCUGUUUCCGCCGACAGUGACAGCAAAAGCCCCGGAGCGAAGAGAGACGCAUCGGUGACCCUACCGGGACCGGAGCCCAGCAGCCCGGAGGAAUCGCACAGCUCCGUGGAGUCAACAGAUGCGAGCGAUGAAGGUUUAUCAGAUAUGAAGGAGGAUGCUGAUCUACUUCAAACAGAUCUAAAAAUCAGGCAUCGCCGUGCCACUGCUGCUGCUGCUGCUGAGAAGAAACUUCCAUCUUUUUCUCCUCCAAACAAACACACCACUUCAGAUAACACAGAGGACAUGACAGAUGAGCAGGACUCUUACAAAGCAGCAGAGAGGUAUACAGAGGAGGCCAGUCACAACCUGCAAUCUGAUUCUUACACCGUUGCUGGAAAGGAGGUGGAGCGUGCUGGUGAUUGCCACCUUGGUGUGACAGAUGACACCGUUAAGGAUGUGAUAGAAGAGGUCAGUGGUAACGAUAGCUGCUUGAAGGAGCCUGAGCUGAUUAAUGAUCAGAGCCACAAGGAGGAGGAGGAGAAGGUGUUUAAAGCAGAAGAUCAGGGAGAUGUGAUCGUAGAAAAGGAUGUUUUAGAUGAGAAUACCAGACAAGAGAAAGAGAACUUUCAGUCUGCUUCAAACCCUCAAGUGUGCUCCGACCAGAUCUCUCUUAUGAGUGAAAAUGAUGACAGACGACAAGUUAACAAAACCACACCAGAGACAAUCCAUAAAGAUGCACCUGCCACUUGCAUCAGUAAUGGCAAAGAUGAGGAGUUUAAGGAAGAGAAUCACCAUCCAGAUAGUACUGACUACAGUAAUUACCCCAGCAAUAACCUCUCUCCAGAAGAAGAAGAGAAAAAUGAGUGUGAAGAGGCAGAAGAAGAGUGUGUAGACCAACAGCUAAUUCUUCAACAAGAUGAGACCUGGUCCUCAACAUCUGAACAAGAACCAAACCUGCAACCUUCACAGCAGGAACAGUGUGAUUACGCGACAGGCAAGGUGAAGUCAACAGUUCAGGAUAGUGAUAUGGAUGAUGACGUGGUCAAAGAAAUUAUAGAUGAAGACCACGUUCUUACGGCUGCAAAAUUCGAUACCCACCCACCACAGUCUGACAAGCAACAACUUCAGACUGAACAAAAAGAAGAAAAUGGUCUUCCAUGCUAUCAGGAGGACGGUGUUCUUCCCACUGUGGCUGAUCAAGCGAAAGAGGAAGUGCUGACUAGUGAUGAUACUGUUGCAUGUGGUGAGGAAUGUAUCAGCUCAAGUGUGGAACUCGGCCCUAAUCUGCAUUGUUUGAACGAGCCUGUAAAUGACGAUCUGUCCGGUGUCACAGCUGAUGCAAACACUCAAAUCUCAGGCAUUGAAGAUUUCGCUGACUUGUCAUUUUAUGGUAAACAGCCACAAAGUGAAGUGAAAGAUGAACAAAUCGCCGCACCUUUGGAAAAAGACACAGGUCUUACUAUUCUCGGCUCCCACUUGCCAUCUCUCGAGGAAGAAAAUCAGUGCAAUAAGAACGAAACUAGUGCAGUUGUUGUGUUGGUAGAUGGAAGUGUUGAUGUUGAUAAUAAGGCUGGUGUUGCUGCUGCUCCUGAUAUGAUUACAUGUGAUGCUCAGAACAUUAUUGCCCCUAGAAUGGAUGAAGAAAUAUCUCAUCCUCAUGUGCUGUCUUGCAACAAAGACCAACAAACGAUAAACAAUGAAGCUUUGGACAAAGCUAGUGCUGAUGCUGUUCCUGAUACUAUUGAAAAUGGAACUGCUUCUGUAACAGGAGCAGAAAUGUCUUGUUCUCACUUGCCAUCCACCUGUGAAAGCAAAAUACGUGACCAUGUGGAAAUCAGUGAAACUUUUGAGGUAACGGGGGUUAUUUCUGCUUCAGAUGCAGCUGUUUGUGAUAAUGCUAGCAUCACUACACCUGUAAUGUCUGAAGCAAUAUCUCGUCCAGACAUGUUGUCUUUCUCCCAAGACCAACUGAGUGACCAAAUGCGAAAUGAUGACGAUUUUUCUGAAUUUACCACUGGGGCUGCUCCUGUCAUGACUGAGGACCUUAACCCUCCGAUGUGUCAAAUUCACUUAACAUCUUUUGAGCAAAGUGGCCUGAGGGAUAUUGACAAGGACAGCAUGUCAUCUCCUGGUGCUGGAGAAGAGAGCGGGAUUUCGAGCAUGACGAUCAGCCCUGAUUUGCAUGAUGCUGGUAAUGAGUUUGGCAUGACCGUUGAAAAUAGGGGGCCUCCUCUCACAGAUAGUGAUCCACGGUAUGAAGAAAGGACAGAGGCUCAAAUCAGCCUCUUUGCUGAUGAUGUAGCUAUACCUGUCAUCAAUCAAAACACAGCAGGUAGGGUGUUUGGGGCUUACCCAUCACUUCUCUCCCAGCAACCCCACAGUGAGCACACAGAUGGGGCCAAGUAUGAGUCAUUUGCAGCCAAUGAGGACAUGUUUGGCCAUGAGAUUGAGGACAGUUACCACAGAGCAAUGGAGCAGUUUAUGGCACAGAUUGCAGCAAGUCCAGUGAGCUUAACUGAUGAGCUGAAAAAGCAAACAGAUGUGAAAGAUGUUGUUGAGGUUGCAGAGAUAAAGGUGUACAAGGAAAAAGCAAGUGUUGCAAAGAAAGUGGAAACAGAAGAAGAGAAGGCGAAAGAAGAUGACUUUGAAAGGACUGAAAUCAGUAUCAUGGAGGCGACAAUGGACAAUAACGAAUGGAUCACGGAUAGUAACUACCAAGUCCUUCCCUGGAUGAACAUUUCUGUCCCAUCUCUGGCCCAAGACCACACAAAACCCGAGCAGCUUCCCACUGAAGAGCGCCAGCACAUCUCUCCUCUCACAGAUGCCACCUGUAUAAAUACAGAUACCACACCUUCCACUGAAGUCAAACAAACCAGCACUCUCUCCCUUGUUGACGAAAACGCUGAGAAUAACAAAAAGGUUGCGGCUGUCCAACCCAUGUCCCAGAACGUCAAUGUGACCUUCCGCAUCCACUAUCUCACCCACUCACCAUACCAGACGGUAGCUGUCACAGGGAACCAGCAGGAGCUGGGGAAUUGGAAGGAAUUCAUCCCGCUAGAGAGGACCAAGGAUGGGCACUGGGCCACGGUGGUCAGCCUGCCCGCAGAGAGCCAUGUGGAGUGGAAGUUUGUGGUGGUGGAUAAAGGUGAGGUGUGUCGCUGGGAGGAAUGUGGCAACCGACUCCUUGAUACAGGCUUUGGAGAUGACCUGAUUGUGCACAAAUGGUGGGGAUUCUUGUAAGGGGAGUUUGAGAGGAGCUGCGGAGGUGAGAGGAAGAAUGAGAGUGACAUGUAUAGUAAGCUUUGGUACUGAAUACUGGACCAGAUAAAGUGCAAAUUUAAACUGUACAUCCCAUCACAAGACUCGAAUGAUGAUGCAGUAGAGUUAAAUAUGAUAUAGUAAAAUAUGAUGUACUAUAUCAAUACAUUAAAAGAUGUCUGCAGGUCUAUGUUAAAACUGGGCUAAGUUUGGGUUUUUUUAGUAUUACAACAGAAAAUUAAUUAACAUCAACUCUAAUAAUUGAUUAAUCAUUAAAUUAUUUUUUGCAAAAAGGCCAAAAAUGUAUUUCCAGCCUCUGAAAUGUGAGAUUUUUUUUUCUUUUUCCCAAAUCCCUCAAAAAUAAAUAAAUGUACUUUAAUCAGUACUGAAAUAAAUUUUUGCUACCGUCCAGUGUACAUAGCUAGUUUCACACUGAAAGAGUUUGCUGAAACAACAGCUAUAGACAUGUAAAAUUUGAACCAUAUUUCGCCCAGUUUUAACUUGGAUGCCUGAUGUUUUUCAACCUGCAACUUUCCAUGAUUAUUGAGAUAAAUCAGUCAGUCAGUAAUCUAAAUGGAAAGUUCCUGAGAGGAUUGCCCUCUAAUAACCAGAGAUUAAGCAGAUCUUUCAGUGAACUGAAAAAAAUUGCCAUCAAAAGACAGACGCAUUGCAUAAAUGUCUUUUUUUUCUGGGGCAAUAUCUUUGAUUAUGCAAAUUGCACCUCUUUAAAAGGUGGGUGAUCUAAUGCAAGUGUUAAUUUGUAUAAAUGGAAACUUUAUUAUACUGUCCAUAUGCUGCUUGAAUACUCCCCAGCAAUCUAUGAUACUAAAUGCACAUAGUUCACUUUUACUACAGCAAUAAUCAAAGCAAUAAUUGUUCUGUAUACUGUAUUGCUGGUGUUACACCAGGUAUUCUAAUGUGUUUACCACUAAACUGUGAUAUAGUUGUAACUUUGAUGCUGCUUUUAUCCUGUGGGACUCUGUGCAUGCGAGAUUGUCCCAUUGUUGUUCUUUGACUGUGCCUUUUAAAAAUGGUUUUUCUAUUAAUGUGUCGCAAUGCAUCGAAAAGUGAGUCUAUGACAGCCACUAUUUUCUUUGUUUCACUACAACUUUUACUGAAUUAAUUACAGUCCGUUCAUUAUUUCUCAAACUUAUACUGUCAGUUUAAGUUCUUUAUCAGUGUAAACUAUAGCCUCAAUAUCUCAGAUCAUGUCCGAGUAUCUUAAUAUGCAAUAAUCUGAAGAUAAUAUUGUUCUUGAAUGUCAUGAAGAUGGAGUUGGUUACCAAAUAAAUAAAUCUUCCAAGUCCAUCAUAGUUGGGAAUGUGUUUCCUAUACAGGUUACUGGUCACUGAAAGAAGUGUAACAUACAUAAAUAUAUGUUUAAAUUCUAAAGAUAUUAUUUAAUAUGUGCAACAUGUUUGGAUAAGAGGGGUUGAACUCCAUUGCUUUACUCAUUAUUUUUGAAAAUGAAUAGAUUCACAACUCAAUAUGGCAGAUUUUAUAAUUUUUCAACCAAGCGCGAGCAUGUGCAAAUGUGCUGUUGCUGUCUAAAUUUCUGUGAAUCAUUUACUGCUGUUGCAACAAACAAAUAAACUUAACACUG